CUUCAACUUAGCGACCAGCAAUACAUAGGUACCUAUAUAUGGGCAGUAACUAACAACAACAACAAUGAAAUCAUGAAGGUUCAUUAUAUAGCAUUGCGCCGACUGCAAAGGUCUCAAUGCAUAAGUCAUACAAUCUCCAGGAUUUACCCUUCCGUUUGGCGCCGUGGAUAUAGCAGUUCCAAUGGCUCUUUACAGGGUAACUUUGAGACCAUCAGGGCCGAGAUGUUGGCUCGCCCGGCUCAGUUAAGCUGGGACGUUAUGUCGCCAACAAACUCCUCCCUUCUCAACAUAGCUCUGGCCGACUUCAUACCCGAAAGCUGCCAGGCCCCGGCCUACCAGGCGGGCGCUAGGACUAUCGAAAAUAUCGAUGCCAAGUACGAGCUUCCGCAAGGUCACCAUCUCGUCUACUUCCCGUUGCAGAAGACCGCCUCUGAGUUAUGUCCCGACGGCACGGAUCCCUUGCACAGUCCCGGCGGCCCGUUUGAGCGGCGCAUGUGGGCCGGCGGCUCGAUCGAGUUCAACGACGAUUUUCGGUUGGACUCUUCGAAAGUCGUGUGUAAGGAGAAAGUAGAUCAGGUCGCGGUGAAGGGGUCCGAGGGGCAGGAGAAGAUCUUUGUCGAUGUGCUACGCGAGUAUAUGAGGGAGGAUGACUUCGGUAAUCCGUCUACUACGUCUCGGGGGAUAAGAGAGCGGAGAGGUCUCGUCUUCAUGCGCGGGGUAAAUAAAGAGCAAGCCCGUGAAAACCUAGCAAAGGCAGCCUUGGGAAGAGACAGAAUUGUCAAGGCCCCCAAUACCCCCGAUUUCUCAAUCGCGCUCACGCCAACACCCACACUCCUCUUCCACUACAGCGCAUUGACAUUCAACGCACACCUGAUUCACUUGGAUCCAGAGUUCUGUCGUGAGGUUGAGGGGCACCGUAAUCUACUAUUCCAUGGCCCUCUCUCCCUUACCCUGAUGCUCUCCGUGCUAAGGUCGCGGCUUGAGCCGGAUGAGAAAGUCCAUAAGAUCGACUAUCGAAACUUAGCCCCUCUUUAUGUUAAUGAACCUCUGCGUGUCUGUGUCAGGUACAGUGGAAACAAGGAAGAGUCGGCAGAAGGCAAGUCCCGAAAAUGGGAGGUUUGGGUAGAGGGCCGAGACGGGGGUCUCAGUGUAAGAGGUACCGCUGUAAGUGAAAGAAUAGGUAAGUAAAUAGGAACAGGUUAAUGAGAACAUACCGGUUACAUUAACUAAAUGACCUAAAUAUACUAUCCCCUAAACUGGCAUAGGUCAAAGGUGAUUCAUUCAUAUAUUACGCAG